GCGCAACACCGAGUCCCCUCCGCAGAGCCCCUCGACCACCACAACCGUCUCCACUAUGAGCUCGUCUGAACCCCCGACGGUCUCAACCGAGCCUGAGCGUGCCGCCUCCAUUGUCGCUUCCAUUGUCUCCUCCAUUGCCGCUUCUAUUGCCACCCUCGGCACGGCCCUUUCAACCCUCGCACAGGAGGGCCGCGCCACUACGCUCGAAGCGACCUUCCGCUCCCUCAGUGACACGAUCACCUCGCUCGCUGGCGUCAUCGCGACCCUCAGCACACCUCCUUGUGACAUCAGAGCAGAUAUCGGGCGAGAAUCGCCAGUAAGCCCUUUAGGAUCUUCCUUGGAGCCCACCAACAAGAACGACGAGACAUCGAAGUUGGCCCACGCAGAGGCGCGGAUCAAGGCGCUGGAGACUGCUCUGACAGCCGUCGAGAGUGAGGCCAAGAUCCGCACGCAUCACCAGCGCAUCGCCCUCGGAGCGAAGUACAAGCGAAUGGCCGAUCGCAUCAAGCAUAACUCUAAGUCCCAGCUGGCUGUCCAAGAACGUGCCAAUUUCCGUCUUGAGACCGAAUGCGAACUCGAGAUUAAUUUUGCAGUGGUACAAGAAGUGAUUGUCGGCGCGCUUCGUCAAAGCGCAAUCGACAUGGAGAUAGCCUGGAACACAGAGAAAGGCAGCCUGCUCCAACAGAACAAGCAACUCGCCACCGAAAAUAAGCUUCUCACCGAAAAGACCGAUGCCCUCAUCAAAGAUAACGCGCACCUCCAGAGUAUAAUCAGAGACAUCACCUACGAUAAAAAGCGCCUCCAGGAAUCUAACGAAUCAUUCUCCGCCGAUAUGGAGCUGAUGACGAGCAAGAUUGACCAUCUCUUAUCAGAAAAUGGCCGACUCACUUCUAAAAAUGGACUCAAAGAUGGCUUACUCUCAAGCCACGAGCCUGUCGUGAGGGCCAACGAAGAUCUGGGCUGACAGUUACAGAGCCUAACUACUCGGAACGCGGCUCUCGCUUGCUCAGAGGCGACCCUAGCGGCGACAGACAGGAGCAUAUCUUCGGAGCUGGCCUAGCUGGCCCAGCUGUCAGAGCAGAAUGAGAGGCAUGGAGCGG